AUGUCCGAGUCGCGCUCCGGGCCAGUGUCACUGACACGGUAUCGACCUAUCUUGUACCUGUUCACCGGUGUUGCAGCAGCCUACGCCCUUCUCUACAUUCAUAACAAUGUAGUCUCGCCAAAUACCUCACAAGCCCCCUCCGCCGCCGAGGCGCCACGAAGCGAAGCCGAGGAGCUAGCAAUCACAGAAACCCCUUCUUACCGGGCAAUCACUCAUCUGGAGCAACUGGAACGUCAGAAUGGUGUGUACGGAACAUUUCGGAUCGAGACAGAAGAUGGUCGGCGUGUGGAGAGCGGCCUGCUCCCAUCAUUGCUAGCAACCCGUGACCAACUGAUGGAGGAAGUCGGUGUCCCGCCUGCCCAUGCGGAGCGUAUGCGUGAGAUGAUGGAGGACACCUUUCUGGAAUCUUUCCUUGCACUUGAUUUCCCCGCCUCACAUACCCUUCCUGAAGACACGCCCGAGCGGGCGUACCUGACUGAGCAGCUCCAACGACGAGGAAUCUCAAGUGCGGGAAUCGAGCGGGCGCUUAUCCGGUUCAACGCCGAUAACAACUACGGAGAUGAACUGCGUCGGCGAAGACAAAAUGGCGAACGUGUCACCCUUUCGACGUCGACUUUCCCCGACGUGGCUCCUCCGAAUCCUGAUGGUGGAGAGGCAGGUGUAGACGACCAGAGCGUUUUCUCUUGGCGUGAUGGGAACAACGAUGGAUCGCCUACUCGGGAAGGCCAAAACCUGCUCAAUUUGCUGUAUCACAUUGCGGAGGACCAGGCACGCAGAGAUGGCUACAUUCAUCGAGGUGUCACUUGCAAUAGCUGCGGAGCCAUGCCUAUUCAGGGCAUCCGCUAUCGGUGUGCCAACUGCAUUGAUUAUGAUUUGUGUGAGACAUGUGAGGCAAUGCAAGUGCACAUCAAAACACACUUGUUCUACAAGGUUCGAAUCCCAGCGCCGUUCCUGGGAAAUCCGCGUCAAUCACAACCUGUCUGGUAUCCUGGAAAACCUGCCAUGCUCCCACGAAGCCUUCCACGGCCGCUGGCGAAACGCUUAACCCGAGAGACCAACUUUGAAAAUACUGAGCUUGAUGCGCUUUGGGACCAGUUCCGUUGUCUUGCAAACUAUGAAUGGGCAGAUGAUCCUAACAAGCUGUACAUGGCCAUUGAUCGAAAGACUUUUGAUCGGUGCUUUGUGCCCAACACAUCUAUUCGACCACCUCCACCAAGUCUAAUUUACGAUCGCAUGUUUGCAUUUUAUGACACCAAUGGUGAUAACCUCAUUGGAUUUGAAGAAUUUCUGAAGGGGUUGGCCAGUCUUAACAAUAAGAGCAAUGAUGAGCGGUUGCGACGUGUUUUCCGUGGUUAUGAUAUCGACGGCGAUGGGUAUGUCGAGCGAAAGGACUUUCUUCGAGUCUUCCGAGCGUACUAUACUCUCAGUAGAGAACUUACCCGUGAUAUGGUCGCCGGCAUGGAAGAUGAUUUCCUUGAAGGCGGAGCUCGCGAUGUUGUUCUUGGUAGCCAGCCCAUUAGUUCUGCAUUUCCUGGUAACAUUCCGUCUGGUGAGAUUUCGCGAACUGGUGAAGGAAAGCGUGUUAAUAUUGAGGGUGACAUGGAAAUUUCCGAUAAUGGUGGAAUCCUACGACGAGACGGUCACGAUACUGGGGACCGACACUCGGUUGUGGGAGACGCUGCUGCUCGAGAACAAUUCGGUCGAACGAGGCCGAUUUUCCCAUCUACUUUGCAGCUCCCAGGUACUGUGUCGAUUCGUCGUCGGUCCAUCGUGGAGCGCGGCCAAACAGGUGGUGGGGACAACGAUGAAGAUGAAGAUGGCAGUGACUCGGAUGAAUCAGGGUCGUCGGUUGCUAGUGGCAGCUGGCCACCACCAGAGCAUAUUCGUGAGGAGGAUAUUAUUGAGGCCCUCGGAACGUAUGUACCCCCUCAGGAGAUCAACGAUCCGAUCGAUAGGGCCCGCAUCGUGACAACAGUGUACAACAGAAUGCGCGAAGAAGAUCAAAGAAGAAUUGACGAAACCCGCCGAAAUGGAAUUGACGAACGCUGGCGACGUCGCGCUUUCUAUACCGACGAGGAAGACGGCGCCACCAUCCCGGAAGGAUAUCAACGAGACCCUACUUUCGACGACUUGAGCGACGACGAGUCGAUAGAUGAAUCGCCAAUCGACUCACACCCACCAUCACCUCGCUCACGUUCUUCUUCCAAGGUUCGAUUCCAGGAUGAUAUUACUGACGACUAUGACGUUCGAUCCAACCCGUCCACAUCUUCUAGGAGCAUUCCCGUUGGUGAGCGAUGGGGUGGCUUCGAGAUUCCAGAGGUUGAAAGAGAUGCCGGUAAGGAGAUCUUGUACCAAGUCACGCAGCAAGGCUUCAAUGAGCUUCUUGAUCUCCUUUUCAAACAAAAGGAAGAUCUGCUCAUGGAGGUUUAUCGAACCCGUGCGGAUCGCAAGACGUGGGCUCAUGAGAUUGAGCUCGUGCGAAUGUCUCCCCCGCCCCCGCCACCUCUCAAGGAACCUGAACAGGCAAUAGAUGAGAAGGACCUUCAAGAUGUUACAAAUGAAAGGUCUCUUGAUGAACUGCUGCAACGUGCCGGUUACGCUGUGCAAAGUCCCACUAUAGCACCAGUAUUUGCACCUACGUCUACGGGUGCGGUGGCAUCGGAUGAUGAUAUUGAACCUACGCACUUUGCCGACCCCGAGAGUGAAUUUGAGCAUGGCCAAGAUCUGUCUUUUGAUGACUCCGACACUGCUUCGGUCACCAGCUCCUCCCAUCCGGAUGGCCAACUCGAUAUUUCCGAUGCCGCGUCUUACAGUGAUUCUUCCGAUGAGGAUUCAAGGCCGAUCAUUGAUGAGCUUGACGACUAUGAUCCAACCCUCCCACAAUUUCGUCCGGAAACAGAAACACUCCGCCCCCGGCUCUCUUUCCGCGACGAGCCACAAGUCAUCACCGAUGGGCCAGGCACCGAAUCACCCUCUCAUACCUCAAACUCUGAUCUCCCAGAACAACUUCGCCUUGAGCCCAAUGGCACAACCUCACUGCCCGCCCCAUCAUCACCCCACUUGUCCUCUCCAGGAGCUGAAGAAACCGCCCCCAAACUCACUCUCCCUCCCUCUCCCAUGCAGCCUCUUCCCCCUCCAAAAAGAUCGCCCACUCCACCUCGAAUCACUAGCACCCCUCGUCGGCCUUCCUCACGAACCCUUGCCCGUUGGGCAUACCUGAAUCAGGUCGAGCGCGAAGCCAAGGAACGUGGUGGAAACGGUGGAAGACUCAAUUAUGACGAGUUUGCCCGUCGAAUGGCAGCUGAUAAGGGGCGCCGGCUGGCAUUUGUGGCUAGUUGGAUAGAAAUGGCUAGCUUUUGA